CGUGGAUGCAACAAGUUGUUUUGUUUUUUUUUGCCGGCUCUCACAAUUUCCAAGACAACUACAAACAUGACAGCAACCUCACUGCAGGACAUCAGCUCAUCGUCGUAUUCCGACGACGAUCUAGAAUGUUGUUGCGAAUUACAAGCAGAAGAAUGGGAAGUGCUUCAGUCCAUUCACCCGACCAUUUGCACCUCGAAAUCCAAUGGAACUGUCAGGCUUGAGGUACCCGUCGAACUUGACACCGAAAGACAAAUUGAGAUCGUUCCUAUACCGCAUGAGUUGUACAACACGACAAGUGGUCCUGCGAUCCCUCUCCAGCCAGUAUUGCUAGAUUCGACAGCCGCCGAGUAUAAGCAUACAUGUAAUCCAGCAUCAACUAUUUCCCCCAUAUCCGUCUCCGUCUCCAAUCUACCUCCUCUUCUCCUCGACAUCAUCCUCUCACCCUCGUACCCCACGCACUCUCCUGCUGAGCUCACUGCAAUACGGGCAGUCUCGGGAUGGGUGCCGCCGAGGAUGAUGGAGGAGAUGAGGAGGCAGAUGAUGGAGAUGUGGGCAGAUAUGGGUGGAGAUGCAGUCUCUGGGGGAGGUACUGGCAUACUCUACACAUGGGUCGAGUGGAUACGGAACGGUGAAUUUCUCACUUCGAUUGGGUUAGCUGGUCAGGAUGGACGCAUAGGCAUACCGCACCCGAGUCCUGCGCUUUUAGUACCCCUGCUACGUGCACAUGCAACAGGGCAGCAGUACAAGACGUUCGCACAGAUGUCUUACCCAUGUGGGAUAUGUCUUACAUCAAGAAAGGGUGUGUAUUGCCUGCACCUAGGAUGCGGUCAUGUAUUCUGCAAAGCAUGCCUGGUAGACAUGUGGGGUUUGCACAUACGAGAAGGAGAGGUCGGUAGGGUCGGUUGUCCAGAAGUGGGCUGUGAGAGCGGCGGCGAGUUCCGCGAAGCAACAGAAGACGAAGUAAGGGCGGUACUGUCUGAGGAGGAAGUGAAGCGAUGGCAAUGGCUCAGAAGGAAGCGGGAUUUGGAAAGAGAUCCUACAACGGUCCACUGCCCGAUGGAAUACUGUCAGGAGCCCGUGCCGAGGGAAAAAACGGCGUCAACUACAGAGUACGACGAAUCAGGGUGGGCACGACUUCGGGAGUGUCACUCAUGUGGAUACUCUUUCUGCUCUUUUUGUAAACGGACAUGGCAUGGCCCGCACACACCAUGUCCACUUCCCGUAACAUCCAAGAUCGUCCUUGCAUAUCUUGCGGCUUCGGAACAUGGGCGAAUUACCCUCGAGCGGCGCUACGGUCGAACAAGUGUGCAACGUCUGGUACGACAACACCGAGAGGAAGAAGAGAAUCGCAAAUGGUUGGAAUCGAGCACGACAGAAUGUCCCGGGUGUGCAUUGCGCGUGGAGAAGAGUAUGGGUUGCAAUCACAUGACCUGUUCAAAGUGCAAGACGCACUUCUGUUACCGCUGUGGACACAAGAUAUCAGCGACGAAUCCGUAUCAACAUUUUUCGACACCUGGAACGAGUUGUUUUUCGAAAUUAUUCGAUUUUGUGCCGAGUGGAGAGGAUGAUUGGCAGCCAAUAGAGGCAUUUGAGCUCAUCUAGUCGUCUUAUGAGGUUGUUCCUUAACCCUUAAAUUUUGAAAGGCUUUCGACUUUUCAGCUGUGUGAUUAUUUGGCGCAAGUUUUUUUUCCAGAGAGGCUGCUUCCAUGAUGGGAAGGUAACCAAUGCACAAGGCAACGAGAGUCGCAAAUAAAACAUACGUGAUGGUGAACGUAAUGUGGAGUGGUCCCGAUACCAAUGAAGCCCGCUAUAUGGCCACCAAA